AGCUUGUUGAAUCCUGUUGUGAGAGUUUCAGACAGUGACAUCACCAAAGCAGUUGUGAAACAGGUUUUGGAAAGUGACCAUGAAGACUGAAGAAGUUACAUUUUUUUAAAUGAUACUUGAAGUUAAUGACUGCCUACAAUAUUUUUUUGAAAAUUAAAUAUGACUUAGAAGUGUCAAAGGUUUAUGAUGUCAUCAAUUUCUACAGAAAGCAAACUUCAGCAGGCUGUCAGCCUGAAGGGAGUUGACCCAGAAACAUGCAUGAUCGUGUUUAAGAACCACUGGGCACAGGUUGUGAAGAUCUUAGAGAAGCAUGACCCCUUGAAGAACACCCAGGCAAAAUAUGGGUCCAUCCCCCCAGAUGAGGCCAGUGCUGUGCAGAACUAUGUAGAGCACAUGCUGUUUCUGCUCAUUGAAGAACAAGCCAAGGAUGCUGCGAUGGGGCCCAUUCUGGAAUUUGUGGUCUGUGAGAACAUUAUGGAGAAGCUCUUCCUUUGGAGCUUGAGACGGGAAUUCACCGAUGAAACCAAAAUCGAGCAGCUAAAGAUGUAUGAGAUGUUGGUCACCCAGUCAUACCAGCCUCUGCUGCAUCAUAAGCCCAUCCUGAAACCGCUGAUGAUGUUGCUGAGCUCCUGUUCAGGAACAGCCACCCCUGCUGUGGAGAGGAAGCUUGUUGUCCUGCUCAACCAGCUCUGCUCCAUCCUUGCCAAAGAUCCAUCCAUUCUGGAACUCUUCUUCCACACCAGUGAGGACCAGGGGGCCGCCAACUUCCUUAUCUUCUCUCUUCUGAUACCCUUCAUUCAUCGAGAGGGCACAGUAGGCCAGCAAGCUCGGGAUGCUUUGCUGUUUAUCAUGUCUCUCUCUGCUGAGAACAGCAUGGUGGCCAAUCACAUUGUGGAGAAUACCUACUUCUGUCCAGUACUUGCGACUGGACUUAGUGGCCUCUACUCAUCCCUGCCCACAAAGCUGGAAGAAAAGGGUGAAGAGUGGCACUGUCUUCUGAAAGACGACUGGCUUCUGCUGCCUUCCCUAGUGCAAUUCAUGAACUCUUUGGAGUUUUGUAACGCAGUCAUCCAGGUGGCUCACCCCUUGAUCCGCACCCAGCUUGUCAGCUACAUAUACAAUGGAUUCUUGGUUCCAGUAUUGGCUCCUGCUCUCCAUAAGGUGACAGUAGAAGAGGUCAUGACCACAACUGCAUACCUGGACCUUUUCCUGCGAAGCAUCUCUGAGCCGGCUCUCCUGGAAAUCUUCCUCCGUUUCAUCCUACUGCACCAACACGAAAAUGUCCACAUUCUGGACACUCUCACCAGCCGAAUCAACACCCCUUUUCGGCUUUGUGUGGUGUCCCUGGCAUUGUUCAGAACUCUCAUCGGUUUACAUUGUGAAGAUGUGAUGUUACAACUGGUUUUAAGGUAUCUGAUCCCCUGUAAUCACAUGAUGCUGAGUCAAAGGUGGGCUGUGAAGGAAAGAGACUGUUACUCCAUGUCUGCGGCCAAGCUGCUUGCCUUGACCCCCGUCUGCUGUGCCAGUGGCAUUACGCUUACACUUGGGAACCAAGAAAGGGAUUAUAUUCUCUGGUCAAAGUGUAUGCAUGAUGGUUCAGGGCCCGAGGGAGAGCAGCUGCCAGAAGCGCCCUGCCUACCUUCUCCACCUUCCCCUCCCGCCCCUCCCGCCCCUCCCGCCCCUCCCGCCCCUCCCGCCCCAGAAGCUUGCAUUGUGGAGUAUGGGAAGGCCCUGGAUAUCAGCUACCUGCAGUACCUGUGGGAGGCCCACACCAACAUCCUCCACUGCAUGAGGGACUGCAGGGUGUGGUCAGCCCUCUAUGAUGGGGACUCCCCUGACCCUGAGACCUUUCUGCAAAGUCUGCCAGAGGAGAGCCGAGAAAGCUCAGCCCAGCCAGAGGCCAGACUCCCUCAGCAGCACACUAGGACAGUGGGGCAGACAAAGGACAAGAUCCAGUCGGAGCUGGAAUGGGAUGACAGCUAUGACACUGGUAUCUCAUCUGGAGCUGAUGUGGGCUCUCCUGGGCCUUAUGAUGAUGUGGAGACCCCAGCCCCACCAGCUCCUGUUGACCCCCCCAAACACAUCCAAGAAAUGAAGAAGAAUGCCAUCCUCCUCUUCAAAGGGACCUACAUAGAAGAGUCAGACUUCCAGGAUGACGUGAUGGUGUAUAGGCUGUGUGCUGAGAAGGACUCUGAGGACACCAGGGAGCCACAGGGGGACAUGGCUGACCCACCAGCUGAGGCCCAGCCCAAGGCCCAACCUGAAGCCCAGAGUCCCCCCAUGAGCAAUGGACCUCUCUUUAGCUCCAGCCCUGAAGCGGAUUCACAAUCCAGCAGGGAGAGUUCAGACCUGUGUCAGAACACGUUCUCAGAAGCCAAGCAAGGGAGUGAACCUGAUGCAGCCGUGGAAUCAAACUCAGAGUUGACAGCUCCCACACUAGAGGCAGAAGUCCAGUCAGACCUGAAGGUUGCCAACUCAGAGAGUGAAGAUUUCAUUGCACAGUGUGACCAGAUCAUUCAAGAGCUAGGUUCUGGCACUGAGGACUUGAUGGACCAGAGCAUCCCCACAUCUGACCCCCUGCUUCUUACAAACCAGGAAGAGAGGCGAGAAGAAGGCAGAGGCGAGGAGGAGGAUGACUUCGACUCUCUCAUGGUAGAAACUCCUGCUGUGGAGACCGUGCCCUCCCCAUUUGGUGUCAGAGAGAACACGGCCUCUACCAGUCGCCAUCCUGUGAGGGCUCAAAGCACCCCGUUCACAGGUCCAUUCAUCAGUGUGGUCCUGUCAAAGCUGGAGAACAUGCUAGAGAACUCCCUGCAUGUCAACUUGCUUCUAAUUGGCAUCAUCACCCAGCUGGCCAGCUACCCGCAGCCACUCCUGCGCUCCUUCCUCCUCAACACCAACAUGGUCUUCCAGCCAAGCGUCCGCUCUCUCUACCAGGUCCUUGCAUCUGUGAAAAACAAGAUUGAACAAUUUGCUUCCAUGGAGAGAGACUUCCCAGGGCUCCUCAUCCAAGCCCAGCAGUACCUGCUCUUCCGGGUGGACAUGUCCGAUGUGACCCCUGAGGCACACACCAAAGAUCCCAUUCAGGAGGUCUCUAGGACAGAAAGUGACAAGACCCUUAUGGAUGGCUCUCCACGAGUGCUCCAGCCCUUCCUGGGCAAGAGAGCUAAAGUGACUGGAGCACCCCCAAACCUUCCUCUGCCAGUGAAGAAUACCAUGCUGGCUGCCGCUCUCUUCCCAGAGUUCCUGAAGGAGCUGGCAGCCUUGGCCCAAGAACACUCAAUUCUGUGUUACAAGAUCCUGGGGGACUUCGAGGACUCCUGCUGUUAGCUUUUUAUACUAUUUUAAUAGAGACUUGGUUUUAUAAGGUUAUAGUGUCUUGACUGAAUGUUAAAUGCAAAGCUGCUUAUCAAAAACUGUCUACUUUGAUACUUCCUGACAAUACUUGAUUUGUAGGGAGGGUUUUUUGUAUGCAUCUCCUCUCUCUAGCUGGGUCUCCCCUUGUUAUACAGAAUAUAAGUCUCUGAGCUGUCUGUUCCUUUGCCGGGUCCUUCUGCCAUUUUUCCUCUUCAUAUGGUUUGUACUUAUUCUUCUGUCCCUUGGAGUGGAGUCAUUCAGCUUGUAGCCCAGAUGGCACUGAGCACACACUGAACUUCUGUGACCCAUGCUGGGGUCAACUCUUCAGCAGCCUCAAGGCAGCUCCUCUACAGCGCCUGCCACCUCUACCCUGUCAAAUGCAAGAACAAUGUGGAGCUCCACCUACCACACAGGUACACCUCAUCUGCCACUCUGAAUUCUACUUCUAGGACUUGCAAUCUCUCCACACAUAUUGCCUUAUGUUGUGGGAAAAUCCCCAACCUCAGCUGCCUGCCCAGAAAUUCACAUGGAAAGAAUUUGGAAUGUAGAGAGUUUUUUUUUUCUAAUU